AUGAAUGCCUCCUUGAGUUCUCUGUAUGCUCGACAGUGGCAGAAGCAGCAAGCAACGGAGCAGCAGCAGCAGCAGCAACAGCAACAGCAGCAGCAGCGAAAGAAGCUGGACACAGACGUUAAGGGUUCCCUCCAAGCUGCUGCGCAGCAGCUGCAGCAGCUGCACCGCGCAAAGGCCAAGGAACCGCAGCAGCAGCAGCAGCAGCAGCAGCAGCAGAAGCAGGAGAAUGCUGCUGCAGCAGCUAGCCCUCCUCGAGAUGUAGCUGCGGCAUCUUGUGGCACCUCUGCUGCAGUAGGGAUGCAGCAGAAUGAGGCAGCAGCAGCAACAGCAACAACAGCAGCAACAACAGCAGCAACAGCAGCAGCACCACCAGCAGCAGCAGCAGAUGGUUCAGACGCAGAGAGUAGAAAGGCACAGCAGCGUCGUCGAGCUGCUCGUCGUUCAGCAACAGCAGCAGCAGUAGCAGCAGCAGCAGCAGCUGCUGCUGCUGCAGCAAGAGCUGAGUCUCAAUCCUCUGGUGCUGCUGCUGCUGCACCAGAUGCAGCAGCAGCAGCAGCAAUUGCCCCUAGUAAAUUACCUGAUGUCUCCUUAGAGACACUUGCUGGUGUCUCCUCCUCUAUAAGAGAAAAAAUAAAUAAACAUAUUAUUAUUCCUUUUCUUGUUAAUCAUCUUCUUGAGCAGCAGCAGCAGCAGCAGCAGCAGCAGCAGCAGCAGGAGUUGGAGGUGGAUUGGGAGAAUCAGCGGGAGAAAAACGAACAAAGUGCAGCAAAAGACAGCAGCAGCAGCAGCAGCAGCAGCAGCAGCAAUGGUCUUGUUUGUUCACGAGGUGUGCUGCUGUGGGGGCCCCCAGGUGUUGGCAAAUCGCAUGUUGCUGCUGCUAUUGCUCGUACCCUCAAUGACCAGCUGCAGCAGCAGCAGCAGCAGCAGCAGCAAGAGCAGCAGCAGCAGCAGCAACAGCAGGAAAGCAACAACAACGAAAACGACGACAGCAGCAACAGCGGUGAUGAAAACAACAACAGCAGCAGCAACAACAACAGCAGCAGCAGAGCCAACAACAACAGCAACAGCAGCAGCAACAGCAGCAGCAGCAGCAGCAGCGCGUUACGUUUAUACAAUUUAUCUGCUGCUGCAUGCAUCUCCCCUGGUGGCGAAGAAGUAUUAGAGCAAACAUUUGCUGCAUGCAAGGAAGCAGCACCUGCUGUGCUGCUGCUGGAUCGUCUUGAGUGUCUAGGCAGCAGCAGCAGCAGCAGUAGCAGCAGCAGCAGCAGCGGUGGGGUAGAGACCAGCAGCAGCAGCGCAGGCAGCAGCAGCAGCAGCAACACCACCAAUAGUCUUGUUGAUGCUAUCUGCCGCUGCAUUGAAUCACUAAGAGGACACCAAGUCUUCGCGCUGCGGCGCAGCGGACGAUUAGAUGUUGAAUUACAAUUGACUCCCCCUAAUAAAGAAGAAAGACUACAUAUUCUUCAGGCUAUAUCUGCAUCGCUACCUUUUAUGGUGUCUGAGGGUCUAGAAGCAGCAGCAGAAGCUGCUGCUGGUGCUGUUGCAGCAGAUUUGCAUGCAUUGCUGCAUUGUGCUGCUGUUGCUGCUCUCCAGCGCACUCAGCAGCAGCAGCAGCAGCAACAGCAGCAGCAGCAGCAGCAAGAGCAGCAGAAUGCCUCUGGAACUGGUUCCAACGGGUUACGUCGUCCUAGCGGGAUAUUAAUGUUUGGUCCUCCUGGGUGUGGGAAGACUUUGUUAGCGAGGGCAUUAGCAAAGAUAUGUAAUGCACAUUUCUUCUCUGUAAAAGGACCUGAAUUAUUAAGUAAAUAUGUAGGAGAGAGCGAAGCAUCAUUAAGAAGAUUAUUUAGCAAAGCACAAUUCUUUUCUCCCUCUAUUAUUUUCUUUGAUGAGAUUGAUGGUCUAUGUAAUAAGAGAGAGGGGGCCCUUAAUGAUAAUAAUUUACAAUUAACAGGGGCCCCCUAUUCAUAUUGGCGCAGACAGCAGCAGCAGCAGCAGCAGCAGCAAGAGCAGCAAGAGCAGCAGCAGGAGGAGGAAGAAGGAGAUGGAGAGGAAGAAGAAGAUGGUGAUGAAGAAGAAGGACAAGAAGGAGAAGAAGGAGAGAAGAAGAAGAGAAAGAUUCGUGAUAAAUCUUCUUACCCUUCCUCUCCUCGCCGUCGCCGCAGCCACCGCAGCAGCAGCAGGAUAAGACCCAUCAACAGCAACAGCAGCAGCAGCAGCAGCAGCAGUCGUGUAGAUGAGAGAUUAAUAGCACAAAUGUUAACAUUAUUAGAUGGUAUAUAUACAAGAGAAGAAAUAUAUAUAAUAGGUGCAACUAAUAGACCUGAUUGUAUAGAUACAGCAUUAUUAAGACCAGGUAGAUUAGAUAUUCAGGUGUAUGUACACCUACCUUAUUAUAUAGAUAGAUCUAAUAUAUUCAGAUCUAGAUUAAGAAUCAUGAUUAAAGAUAUUGUCCAGCAGCAGCAGCAGCAGCAGCAGCAGCAGCAAGGGGUUGUGCUGCUGCAGGAGGAGCAGCAGCAGCAGCAAGAUGAUAUUGUUGAGGAGAAGCUGCUGCACUUUGAUUUUGAUCAACUUGCUAGAGAAACUGAGGGGUUUAGUGGGGCAGAUAUUGAUGCGGUGGUGCGAACAGCAGCAGCAGAUCUGCUGCAGCAGCAAAGAGAUGAAUUUGUUAAAGUUCUUAAGCAGCAGGUUAAGGCAGAGCUGCAGCAGCAGCUGCAGCAGCUGCAGCCCAGCAGCAGCAGCAGCAGCAGCAGCAGAGGCUACUAUGCAAUUAAGGCAGCACUACAAGAACUUGACUCCCUCUCUGCCCUUGAGGUGUAUGGACUAUGUAACCGUCUUGGUGGUAGUCUUGCUGCUGCUGCUGCUGCUGCUGCUGCAGCAGGAGGUGCUGCUUCUGCUGCUGCUGCUGCACUGCAACUAAAUCAACAACAACUACUGCAUGCAAUAAAAAAGACUAGACCCUCCGUUACCCCCCAACAAGUUGCCUUCUAUGAUAAAUAUGCGGAGACAGUUGGGGCUUUUGAUCCCCUUGCAUGCACAGAUACAUAA